UCGGCGGUUCAUCCACUGCAGCAGGGAAAUUUCACCCCCAAAAACCCCAGCGCUGCCCGUGACUCAGCGCCAUGGCCGCCGCGGCGCCCGCGCUGCCGGCGUUCCUCCGGCCACGGCCCUCCUCGUCUCUCCCCUCAACCAGCUCGCCUUCCCGCGGCCGCCUCUCAUGGCGCCCUGCUUCUCCUCCUCCUCUUAGCCGGAGCGCUCUCCGCACCGUCAGGCUGCUCCCUGCCCCCUCAGCUGUGGAGGAGGCCAAGGGCGCCGCGGCGGAGGCGGAGGCGGAAGCGGAAGCCGAGGAGGUGGAGCUGGAAGGGAUGCCGCAGGAGUACUACGACGAGGAAUGGCAAGCUCGUCAGCAGGAAGAGACUAAGGAGUGGCAUGCAUAUCGGCAGAAAGAGGAAGCUGAGGAAGAAAGAAUAGUAGAUGGAUACCGUGAAAUAGGCAUGCGUUUGAAAGCUUAUCCUCAGGAAGAAGUUCGCAAAGCCCGUAUUUUGGUUUCAAGUUUUAUAAGAGCUGGUGAAGAUAUUGAAGAGGAAAUUGAGAAGGCUGCUGAAAGAGGAGAGCUUACUGAACUUGUUCUUAUGGUCAUAUGGAAUCGACUUGAUGUUGCCCGUCGUGAUGACGAAAGGGAUGCCAUCAGAAGCCUUGAUCUCUUAUACAGAAGGGUAGAGACAGAAAUUUUAAGGAGUGAAGCAACUCCUGCUAUGAGAUUACUCAAUGACCUUCUGAAUCUUCAUGAUGGAUCAGAUGAUGGCAAGUGGUUAAAGAAAUGUAAAAAACAUAUGCUUGAAGUUUUUCCUAGAGAAGACCCGUUCACCAUGGUCUUUCCUCCUGGUUUCAACAUGGAGAAACAUCAAGGGCAGAUCAAACUGCCACCUCAGGAUGAUGACGUGCUUCUAAGAGUUGACUUCAUCAGGGAAGUUGACGAGCUUUUGAAAGAAGUACAGGCUGCUCAGGAAAAUAACAAGGUCCCAACUAGUAAUGACCCAGAAGCUGUUGCGACCAAGUUGAAGCAUCAAGAGAAGCUGCGGACUUUACGUCAAGUGGAAUCUCUCUUGGAACUAGCAACCUCCCUGAAAUGGUGACGACUGGAGGAGGCAGAGAAGCAUGAAAUUCUCCUCACAUAGGGCUAGAAAUUACCAGUCGAGUACUUGACAGCUGCAACUAGGGCGCAGCCUUUUAAACUGGUUCUCAGGUUCCUGCUGGUUAGAAACUCCUAGCAUUUGAAUAUGCAAAGGUUAUCUGCUAUGUGCUUCAUCAUUGAUUCUCAUAUACGACAUGUUCAUUGACAAUAUGUUUUAUUGAAAUGUGGUCAAAUACCUUAUCAAUGAAUAUAUCAUAUACU